ACGUCCGCUCCUCUGACGGUUCAGGGGCUUGUAAGGGCUGAAGCAUGGCAGACACCGGCGUAUUGGAAAUAAUUCUGAAAAGAAUAGAAGCCGUCGACGGAGGUGUUGAUAGCCAGGAUGUGGCUACAUCUCUCUCAGUGGACCACCAAGUUGUUGUUGGUGCUGUUAAAAGUCUCCAGUCCUUGGGAGAUAUUAUCUUAGCUGAGCAACGCUCGUCUAAACACUGGGAGCUGACUGGGGAGGGACAGGAGACCGCUGAGAAGGGGAGUCAUGAAGCCCGAGUCUUCGGUGCCAUCCCUGAAGAGGGUCUUGCUCAAAGUGAACUCAUGAAACUGCCAAGUGGAAAAGUGGGCUUCAGCAAAGCCAUGUCCAACAAAUGGAUUCGCGUGGACAAAGGUCACGAGGCUGGGCCAAAAGUCUUCAGAAUGGUGGAGAAAAUAGAUGAUUCCGUCCAGGGGAAGCUGGUGCAGAUCCAGAAGGGCAUUGCUGCUGAUGUGGAUGAGAAGGAGAAGAAUGAGCUGAAGAAACGCAAACUGCUGACAGAAGUGACUGUCAAGUCAUAUUGGAUAACUAAAGGCCCUUCCUUCAGUACCAUCAUCACCAAGCAGGAGGCUGAGCUCACGCCAGAGAUGAUUACGAGUGGGAGCUGGAAACAGAGGUCUUUCAAACCGUACAAUUUUGAAGCCCUUGGUGUAGCUUUGGACUGUGGACACCUGCACCCACUCAUGAAAGUGCGCACACAGUUCAGACAGAUCUUUUUGGAGAUGGGAUUCACAGAAAUGCCCACAAACAAUUUCAUCGAGAGCUCCUUCUGGAAUUUCGACUCCCUUUUCCAGCCACAACAGCAUCCUGCAAGAGACCAACACGACACAUUCUUCUUAUCUGACCCUGCUGUCUCCCGCGAUUUCCCCCAGGAUUACCUGGAGAGAGUAAAAAAGGUCCAUUCUGAGGGAGGCUUCGGAUCACAAGGAUACAAGUACGACUGGAAGAUAGAAGAGGCUCAGAAGAAUAUCCUCCGUACACAUACUACAGCUGUGAGCGCUCGCAUGCUCUACAAGCUGGCACAGCAGUGCAUACAAGAAGAAAAGAAAAAGUUAGAGAAAAAAGAAGGGCAACCUAAUAAAAAGAGAAGAGGUGGUAAACGAAGAAGGAAAAGAAGUGAAGAGGGAAAGUUCACACCGGUCAAGUACUUCUCCAUUGACAGGGUGUUCAGAAACGAAACCCUGGACGCUACUCACCUCGCCGAGUUUCACCAGAUAGAGGGUGUGGUGGCAGACUAUGGGCUAACCCUGGGUGACCUCAUGGGCAUUCUACAUCAGUUCUUCACAAAAUUAGGAAUCACCAAACUACGCUUCAAACCAGCCUUCAACCCUUACACUGAGCCCAGUAUGGAAAUUUUCAGCUAUCAUGAAGGGCUAAAGAAGUGGGUAGAGGUGGGUAACUCUGGAGUGUUCCGGCCGGAAAUGCUGCUGCCAAUGGGCAUCCCAGAGGGAGUGUCCGUCAUUGCCUGGGGACUAUCCUUGGAGAGGCCCACUAUGAUCAAGUAUGGAAUCAACAACAUCCGUGAGCUUGUAGGACACAAGGUCAACCUACAAAUGGUCUAUGAUAGCCCCAUCUGUCGACUAGACUCUUGAAUUUGAACCUGGCAGGUAUCCAAAUCCAUAUCCUGGUGAGCUGUCAACUAAGGACUCAUAUUUUCUGUGGCCCUUCUAAGCCAGCCAACUCUCUGGUUUCAUAUUUAUACUGCACUCUGUCUGUGUGUGACCAUCGGACACAUCCCGCUGUCUUUGACUACUUGGCCAAAAAAGAAUUCCGUCUUCUUCAAGCAGUGUGUGGGAUAUCCGCUAUUAAUCAUUAUUUUUAAAAUCAUCUGUUCCAAAUUGGAUGGUGGACCUAAAACAGAUUUAUUACCAGCAGAUAGACCUUUUGAUGACGCUGACCAGGAGUUAUUCAUCUCAGCAAGAGAUGCUUCUGAGGGGCCUGCUUUGGCACUAAUGGCUACUUUGGUUGAAAUCUGAAUCUCCCUACCUUGUUUGUAAAAAUAAAAAUCAUAACAAAACCAUACUUAAACUCCUGUCCAGUGUGAACCCAUAAGAAGGGAAACUCACUCAGGGUUGAAGUGAUUUAUUAAAGUUGUACCCAGAA